CCCUAUCGCUAAAUGCAUUUCUCCAUUUUUCUUCUUCUCUUUUUCCGUAAUUUAUAAACCCUUCUCACCUUUCUAGGUCUAAUUUUUCUGUUUAAUAUUUUCCCCCUUUUUUUACAUUUUAAUUUUUACUUGCUACUUUGGUCUCGUUAUUGUUACUUGUUUUGCUACUUACAAUGUCACAUUCGUUCUGAAUCCAAACGAAUCAACUUCAAAAUUUCACUCUUUCAUGGUUUCUUUUACCUUGCACUUGAAUUCAGUUCCCACUUCCCACAUUGCAAAAUUGAACAAUUGGGAACAACAAUUUUUGGAGUAAAAAAAAAGGGAAGAAUUUAAUGUGGUAGUGGUUGUUAUACUGGUGUUAAUUUAAGUGUGCCAUUUCACUGUUUCAGCUGGAAGAGGGUUUAAUACACUACUACUUUGAUGCUAUCAUGUUGAGAUAGCAUAUUAGAUUUCCGUGUUUGUAUGAUUAAAGAAGAGCAAAAAAGUUGGAACUUUUAGGAUCCAGAUUUCAUUGAGUUUUACUUUCAUAGUUUUGUUAUGUGAACACAGUGAUGAAAGAUUAUUACUUUGUUGCAGAGCUAAAGCAUAGAUAGAUAGCUUCCUCAAAUCUUCAUCAGCAUUUGUUUUUAGUUGCUUUGGAGUCUUAGGUACACUUUGAUUAGAGAGUUAAAGUUCUCUGUUUAUGGAGGAAGUGGAGAUUAAUGCAUGAAUGAAAUAUGAAAGAGAAUCUAUAAAAUCUGAACUGUAGAAAAGUAUAGCAUGUAGUCAAUGCUUUGAAGUGUUCUCUAAUUUGUGUAUAGAAGUUUUGUUUAGAACUUUGCAUUUCUGUUCUUGCCAUGACAGGGCUACAUCAUACUGUAUGGAUGUGAUUGACAAAGUUUUUGGUUGUUGAACACUAAUAAUUUACACUUUUACUUUUCGUUAUUUCCAUUAGUUAGCUGCUCUCGCUUGUUUAAUAUGCAAUUUACAUAUCAAAGGAUAUCUCCCCUCUUGCAGCUUCUAUUGAAAAGGGGAAGUUACUUUCUCACUUAGGGUAGUUAUAGCAGCAUUGAUGAAAUGUCAUAUAAGGUUGUCUUCCUUGCCUUUAGAUUGACUUUAGUUACACUGUUACUAAUUCCUUCUUAUUUCCUAUUCAAAUUUUCUUGCUCCUCUUUAUCUGGUUUCAUCCUUGCUGUAUUGUGUUUUUUUUUAUAUACUUUACUUUCAUUUGGUCUGGUGCUCCUUUGCUCCAAUUCUUACAAAGAUUUAGUUGUUGUUAGUUGCAGCUUUUGCACUCACUGGUUCUUGGAUUAUGAAUCCACUGUUGUUCUGGUGUUGGUUAUGGCUCUAAUACUGAAUAGCAUGCAAUUCCCAGAUUGUUUGUCAGUUUUAUUAUCCUUUCCAAUAGAUGGGUCAAAGCAUUUCACACAAUGCAGCAAUUGUUUUGCACUGUAAGAAACAUGUUUUAAAUUCGGGGGAACCUCUGCGAUUGCAAUACUAUCAUGUUCUUCCAUUGGUGUCCCAUGUAAAAUCAUGUAUCUAAGAUGCCUUAUUGUUGGUCAUGAAACAAUCUGAUGCUUGGGUUUUAUAUCAAAUGCACCCAAUCAUCCUUUGAAGUUACUUGUGUCAAAUCACUGGUGGUGCCCUUGUUUCUGCUUCCGUCGGGAUUAUAGUAUGAUAAAUAAUAGGGUUGGCCUUGUUCAAUAUUGGUCAUAUCACUUUUAAUGAAUUGUAGUUGAGUGAUGUUUGGAGUUAUUUCAUUCUGUUUCAAGACAAGGAAUUUGUUCUAGUUGUACAGGUUUGCCAAUAGGUUCCACUUGUUUGUACUAUCAAAAGAUCCUCUCAUUGGAUAUGUUGAGCUUCUUUCUUUCUUUCUUGCGUAUGUAUGUGUGCAGGUGUUGCUGUUGGCAUUCUCAUUUAUUUACAAAAUGUGUUUUUCAGUUGGGAAUUGUUGAUCUAAAUCUGGAAACUGCACUGCUUGAUAUCAACUUCUGCACAUGUGGCUCAAUCCUCUGCAUGCAUGAUGGAUGAUGGCCAAAAACACGGAAACAGUAGGCAUACAAUAGACUACUACAGAGGAGCAAAUUCCCCGUGGAGUAUGGCUUCGCAGCAUCAAGUAACGGAACCAAAUGCACUAGUUAUGAAUAAGAAAAUUAGGUCCAUUAUGGCCGAAAGGCGUGCAAUUCUAGAAUUGGAAGCUGCUAUAUCUGAAAAGAAUGAAGCCUUGGCUGCUAGAGAUGAGGCCCUUCGUCAGAGGGAUGAAGCAAUUGCUCAGAGGGAUAAUGCCAUAAGGGAACGCGAUAAUGCCCUUGCUGCACUUCAAAAUCGGGAAGAUGCUAUCAACUUCUCAUUGGGCAAUGGAGUUCAACGCGGUUCAAAACGAAUGCACCAUCCUGCUAACUAUCUAGAUAACAUGACAGAUGCCACAUACAACACAAAGGAUGUGCGGAUCACUGAUGCCUUCCCGGUGACAAUCAUACCUUCUGAUGCUAUCAAAUCACAUCAGGCUAAGAAAACUAAGGAGAACAAGACAAUCUCUCCUAAGGCAUCAAAGACUCCUAGUAAAGGAAAGAAAAUGGGUGAGGAUUUAAAUCAAAGGGCAUCUUCGGAAGGGACGAAGUUCAAAUCAGAAUGGGAUAGGCAAGAUGUUGGCUUGAAUUUGGUUACCUUCGAUGAAACUUACAUGCCCGUCCCGGUUUGCACAUGCACGGGAGUACCACGGCAGUGCUACAAAUGGGGUAAUGGUGGAUGGCAGUCAUCUUGUUGUACCACCACUUUGUCAGUAUAUCCGCUACCGCAGCUUCCUAACAAGCGCCAUGCACGCAUCGGAGGGAGAAAGAUGAGCGGCAGUGUCUUCACACGAUUACUAAGUAGGUUUGCAGCACAAGGACAUGAUUUAUCUGUACCAUUGGAUCUUAAGGACUACUGGGCCAGACAUGGAACAAAUCGCUACAUUACUAUCAAGUAGCUAGCGAACAUUCAUUAGGAAUGUGUCCCAAUUUGGCCUCUCAUUAAAAAUAUCCCUUGAUAAGAAGCAUUAUAUGCUUGAAUUUUGUGAAAGAAGGGAUAUUUUGUCUCCUAAAAUUUUGUUCCAUAGCCUUCUAUCCUUUCAGAUGGGAUAGCUGUAAAGUACUGUCUAUGUAGAUGUGGAUUUUUAGGUGAUCAAGACCAAGGGGUUACUUUUCUAACCUGUUUAUGAGACCCCUUUUCUAUGAAAUGGUGCUGGGAAAGUCUACCUUAAGACACUUUUGGCCUUUUAAAUAUUUAUUGGCACUUUUAUGUCAUUGCUUAUAUUUUGCAA